GCGCCGCGGUUGGCCCGCAUUUUCAAGUGCGACAUCUGCGAUGCACAUCAAGCGCCGACGAAGCGGCCACCUGCAUCAUCAGCCGAACAGCCCUCGAACGGCAACGAAGUGCUCUUCGGCUCUUUCCCGUGGAUCCGACGCGGCACGAACGCGAGCGCGAUGGCACUGGCGGUCCUCUGCGCCAGCUCAGACGCGCUCUACGCCGGGCUGAUCGACGAGCAGGUCAUGCGCGAUGAUCCCGCUGGGGGUGUCAUGCCCGACGAGUCCAGGGAGCGGGUCGAGAACCCGGGCAUCGAUUGCCUGCCCUGCGCCGCCGACGCCCACGGGUCGAUCGGCAAGAUCGAGCGCGCGAUCGAGGCGUUCAAGGUGAUCGGUCUCCAGGUAGCAGCAAGGAGCGACCUGAUCAGGAUCAACGGUUUCAGCCCGCUUCAACGACAUGCGGGUCGGACGCCAAGUGGCGCCGCCGUCGACCUGUCCGACGAGCCGCGCAACCUGCCUCUAAUCGGCGCCGAGCUGCAGGGCAGUUCCUUCAGCGGAGACGCUCAAGUACGACGAUUGGCGAGAUUGGCGCGCAUCCAGACGGAGUACGCGGACCGCGCGAAGCGAGCCGAGGCAGCAAGGUCCAGGACCUUCCAGAAUAUUUGGCGUUCUCGCGCAGGCGGCCCUGGCCCGGAGCCAGGCGGGAGAAAGGGCGGCCCCGCCCCGUGCCAGGACGAGGCCGUUGGCACGGACCUGGGCGAAUUAUUUGCCGCGAGCUUGCGAGCUCGGGGCGCCGACCUG